GCGCUAAAAGAAACUCCCGCGCGGCGGCGUGCGCGUAUGCCGCGUCCACCAAUGCCAUCGUCCGCGCUUCCGCGCGGCGUCCAAGCCGUCCUCGUCACCUCCGGCCACCUCCGCCACAUCGACCCGCACUUCCAGGUGCCCCCUCUCCUCCUCGCCAACUCCCUCAUCGCUGCCUUCUCCCGCGCCGCUCUCCCACGCCUUGCCUUCCCUCUCCUCCGCCGCCUCCUUGCUGGCGCCCACCCGCUCCGCCCCGACGCGUUCACCUUCCCGCCGCUCGUCCGCGCCGCCCCAAGCACUGCCUCCGCCUCGCAGAUCCACUCCUGCGCGCUCAGGCUCGGCCUCCUCCACCCCAACGUCUUCGUCUCCGGCUCCCUCGUGCACGCCUACCUCCGGUUCGGCUGCGUUGCGGAGGCCUACAGGGUGUUCGACGAAAUGCCGGAGCGGGACGUGGCCGCCUGGAACGCGAUGCUUUCUGGUCUGUGCCGCAACGCACGUGCUGCGGAGGCGGUGGCGCUGUUCGGGAGGAUGGUGGAGGAGGGGCUCGUCGGGGACGCGGUGACGGUCUCCAGCGUGCUGCCGAUGUGCGUGCUACUGGGGGACCGGGUGCUUGCGCUGGUCACGCAUGUAUACACGGUGAAGCACGGGCUGUAUGGGGACCUCUUUGUGUGCAACGCUAUGAUCGAUGUGUAUGGGAAGCUGAGGAUGCUGGAAGAGGCGCAGAGGGUGUUUGAUGGAAUGGAGUUGCGGGAUCUAGUGACGUGGAAUUCGAUCAUUUCAGGGUAUGAGCAAGCUGGGCUGGUUGCUGCUGCAGUCAAGCUGUUUCGUGGUAUGAGGGACAGUGGGAUUUCCCCUGACGUGCUGACACUCGUCAGCUUGGCUUCUACUGUUGCCCAGUCCGGGGAUGACUGCAGCGCAAAGUCAGUGCAUUGCUAUGUGAUGAGGAGGGGCUGGGAUGUGGGUGAUAUAAUUGCCGGAAAUGCUAUGGUUGAUAUGUAUGCCAAGUUGUCAAAUAUUGGGACUGCCCAGAGAGUGUUUGAUAGCUUGCUUGCUCGAGAUGUUGUCUCCUGGAACACCUUGAUCACAGGGUACAUGCAGAACGGACUUGCUUAUGAGGCAAUCGAGACAUACAAUCAUAUGCAGAAGCAUGAGGUGAAGCCAAUCCAAGGGACGUUUGUCAGUGUUUUGCCUGCGUACUCACAUCUUGGUGCAUUGCAGCAGGGAAUGCGAAUGCAUGCAUUGUCCAUUAAGGUUGGGUUAAAUCUGGAUGUGUAUGUUGGUACUUGUCUGAUAGACUUGUAUGCUAAAUGUGGGAAGCUGGCGGAAGCAAUGCUCUUGUUUGAACAUAUGCCUAGAAGGAGCACAGGCCCUUGGAAUGCCAUCAUAGCUGGCCUUGGGGUUCAUGGGCAUGGCACAAAGGCACUCAGUCUCUUCCCACAAAUGCAGCAAGAAGGAAUCAAGCCCGAUCAUGUCACGUUUGUUUCAUUAUUGGCUGCCUGUAGCCAUGCUGGAUUAGUUGAUCAAGGUCGGAGUUUCUUUGAUAUGAUGCAAACUGAAUAUGGUAUUGUGCCAAUUGCAAAACACUAUGCAUGCAUGGUAGAUAUGCUUGGCAGAGCCGGUCAGUUGGACAAAGCUUUUGAGUUCAUACAAGGCAUGUCAAUUAAGCCUGACUCUGCUGUUUGGGGUGCAUUGCUUGGUGCCUGCAGGAUUCAUGGGAAUGUUGAAAUGGGUAAGGUGGCUUCACAAAACCUAUUUGAACUUGACCCAGAGAAUGUUGGAUACUAUGUUCUGAUGUCAAAUAUGUAUGCAAGGGUUGGGAAAUGGGAUGGAGUUGAUGAAGUAAGGUCUUUAGUCAGGCGCCAAAAUUUGCAAAAGACUCCUGGAUGGAGUUCAAUAGAGGUGAAAAGAUCAGUAAGUGUAUUUUACAGUGGCACCCAGACAGAACCCCACCCUCAAAAUGAAGGCAUCCAGAGAGAGCUACAGAAUCUUUUGGCCAAGAUGAGAAGUCUAGGUUAUGUUCCUGACUACAGUUUUGUCCUACAGGAUGUAGAAGAGGAUGAAAAGGACCAUAUCUUGAAUAAUCAUAGUGAGAGAUUAGCUAUUGCUUUUGGCAUUAUAAAUACUCCUUCAAGAACUCCGCUCCAUAUAUACAAGAAUUUGCGGGUCUGUGGGGAUUGUCACAAUGCCACCAAAUAUAUAUCAAAAAUAACUGAGAGAGAGAUCAUUGUACGAGAUUCAAACCGAUUCCACCACUUUAAAGAUGGGCACUGCUCUUGUGGAGAUUUUUGGUAACAGUAAAGCGUAAUAUAUUAUUUUCCUUUGUACAACGUUUCUCCAACUGAGUUCGCCUGGGCAUCCAGUGUGAUGUCAAUACUUGAUCUGUUGAUGAGGUUAUUAAUGAACUGAAGUAUUUGCUGAUGUCAAAAGAUAGAAGGUUUAGUUCUUGGCAAAACUAGUGGUACUUGAACAUGGACACGGUCAUCAGAGUCCGAUUCAAACUUGGGUGUCUGAUUAAGCCAAAAAAAUUUGAACUGGGCAAAUAGCACUUGGAAUCCUAAACGGGUGUCAAGUGCCCUAGGGUGUCCAAGCAACACUCUGCAAAUGCCCAUCUGCCAUAUAUUCUUGAUCUGGCAGUAUUUAACAGGAAAACAGCUUAGUUGUUGCUUACCAAUGAUGAACUUCAGUUCAAAAUGUGUCAUAACUUUUCUUACCAGAGUUAGGUUUUCUGUUGUCCAUGGUAUUUCUGGUGUCAAACCUGAGAAAAUGAGUGGUUUCCUUGCAGUCCAACGUUAUUAUGCAGUUUCUUUUCCCUGCUGUAUUCCUUAUUCUUUUGGCAGAAUCAAGAUAUAUUUCAUCAUCGGGUAUAUUUCUGGUAAAGGAAUGCUUAUACAGUUUCUGCAUAGCGUAAUGAAAUCAAUCAAGGAAUAUACUUGUCAGACUUGGAAAGCUACUAUUAAAAAGAAGACUUGGAAAGCUACUCAACGACAAAGCUGGUUGUUAUUUUGGAACAAAAGAAGAAGAAGAUGAAAACUUCUGAACUCACCACAAUCAAAUUAUGUAAAUGUGUAGUAUUGUACACGUCCAGUCUCAGCCAUUGCAAAAAAAAAGGGAAAAAGACAGAACUGUCUAACUAGGAUGAGAUAACACUGGCAUGAAGGACGUCCAAAUGGUGAACUGUUGCUCACUGGCUGCCGUAUUAUGCAUAGUUUGGUGAUGUGACAUCAUAGAGAGCUCUAGCAGUGGCAGAAGACAAGCCCAAAUGUAGGUGCUUUCUACUGAGUGGCAUCGAUGACAGUAUGGUACACUGCAGCUUAAGCUAGCUUCCACUUUUAUCUUUUAUUUUGGAUCUUAGCUAUGAAUUUUGGAAUUGUUUGAUGUCAAGACCAUGUUAGAUGUUUGUAGCUUGUAUUGUUCUACAGUGCCUCACUCUGCAAUACAACAUGUCUGCUGGAUCUAUGAAUAGACAGUCCAGGUUACGGAACAUAAAUUGGAAAAUUAUUGGAAUAUACAAAUUAUUGAAGAUGACCAUCGGUUCUACUGAAAUAUUAAGUGGACCAUAAUUUCAGCAUCAUGUAUGAUAAAUACAGUUUGUUUCAUUCGUCCUCUGUGACUGUUCAGGUACAAUUCCCCCAGGUAUUUCGUAAGUCUGUGAUUGUCCCAUGAUAAUGUUGUAGUACCACACCCUUGUGACUGUUCCAGCAUAUUUAUAUCGACGAUAGCAAGAAAAGUUUAUUUUCUAUCUUUUGCAGUGGAUUAGAAUCCUUAGUUUUGCAAAGGGUGCAAUGAACUGUGCUUAAAUUUCGACAACUGAAGAAGGAAUGUUGAACUUUACUGUGUGUGUUAAGAACCUAACUCAUAUGCUGCACGUGCAUUGUUUGAGUUCACGUAGCCAUGAAGCAUGAUCUUAAUGUUGGUGCAUAUUUUUAUUUGCAGAAAGUAAAUGAAAUGUUUAGCUCUUUAUGUUGGCAACUCCUUUCGCUAUCAUGUGUUAUUUAGUUGAUUUUUCAGGCUCUGAUAGUCUGAUUGGCUCGGUUUAGCUUUACAGUUUAGGUCGGUUCAUUGUUCUUGUACCUUAUAGGCUCCCUAACAUAACUUAUUCUGGAUAUGGUUAUAGUUUACA